GAAAAACCACAAUGAUAGCCAUCAAACAAGCAAACACUGAAUUCAACCCACAGGAACAACUACUCAAACGAAAACACCUUCAAGAAUCAGCCCAACUGAUUUCCAAGAAUGCAUUCCCUUCACUAUCCACAUACUUCACUCUAAUCAGCCGACAACAACAAGCCCAAACAGCUAUCAACCAAGCCACUCUCACUGAUCGCCAUCCACAUCAUCAUCAAUUCAUUCACACUAGGAUCAGAUGGUGUGACAGAUGUCUGGCCUCUUGCUCGAUCAGCGUCAAGAUGAAAACUCACCGAGUCCUACUCACCUGUCAAAGACCGACUUGUCGAAAACGGUUCAUCCAACCUCUGUCAACUUGGUCGAGGGUCGACCAACCAUCUGAAAGCCUGAUAAAGGAACAGCCACCACCGACUAAUAAGAAACUGAAAACGGAGACAGAAACCAGCCAUUCUCCCCAACCAACAACUGGAAAUUCCACCUCACUAGAGAAGACCAAAUCAUCAUCCUCCAAAAAAUCAAAGAAUCGACCUUCUCGAUCAGCCUUGAACGAUCUUCUGGCUCGUCGGAAACAGGCAGAUGAGCAGGCGAGCUCUAAGAAUAACUUACAAAACUUUUUGACUCAGUUGUAAAUGAGACCUCUUUAAUCAACCUGACAAAAUCAAUUUGUCUGGUCUGCCGCACCGAUCAAUUCCAAGGUUCAAAUUUUCUUCAUUGAAUUGGCGUGAUUGAACAUGCUUAUAUGCUAGGGAUAUAGAAGAAUAUUGCCUUGGCAGAUUCAACAUAAUGUUAAUCAUCAUUUGACCAUCAAUAAGCAGAGAAAAUGGCAACUAGGACAUUGACAAAAGUCCAGAGUUAGGUGAAGUUGAUGUCCAGUGCUAUAUUCAAGAAUUAGAUUGGAAAAUUCUCAGUCAAUCAAUCC